AUGUGUAUAAAUAUUAUAUUUACAUGGAAACGAAUCGGAUCCACCACACGUUCUACAUCGCUAUCAGAGCAACAAAUCUCCCAACAAAACACAAUACGAGUGUCCUCAAAUCCUCUUUCUCUAUCUCUGUUGGAAUCAGAAGCCCUAACCGACAAUGCCGUACCAAACAAGGAAGAAACCAAGACAGAGUCAACAUUCAAGAAGUACCAAGACCUAAUCGCCACGUCUCCUCAGGCUAAAGGCUGGUUUGCAAAUGCUCCGCUGAUCUGCUACGGUGGUCACUGGAUGAUAAAGCCUCUCCUUGUAGGUUGCCUUUACGCGCAAGAAUUCUUCAAAGCGCGACCCGUUGACAUAUUCGUUUGUAGCUCCCCAAAGGCAGGUACCACUUGGCUCAAAGCUUUAACUUUCGCCAUCGCUAAUCGAUCUCGUUCCGAUUAUUCUUCCAACCCUCUCCUAAAACGCAACCCUCACGAGCUUGUUCCUUUCAUUGAGAUCGAAUUCGCUUUCUUCCCUCAAGUUGACGUUCUCAAUGACAAAGGGAACACUCUGUUUGCGACUCAUCUCCCACACGGAUUAUUACCCGAAUCCAUUUCGAAAUCGGGUUGUAAGAUGGUUUACAUAUGGAGAGACCCAAAGGACACUUUCAUCUCCAUGUGGACUUUCUUCCAAAAGCAAAACUUAGGGCACGGCCCUCUCAAUAGUCUUGAGGAGUGUUUUGAUAUGUUCUGUCGAGGUUUCUCUGGGUGCGGUCCUUAUCUAGACCAUGUCAUGUCGUACUGGAAAGCUUACCAAGAGAAUCCAGAUCAGAUUUUGCUCCUCAAGUACGAGACGAUGAGAGCUGAUCCUCUGCCUUACGUGAGAAGAUUGGCUGAGUUUAUGGGUUAUGGAUUCACAUCUGAGGAAGAGAAUGAAGGGGUUGUUGAGGAAGUGAUGAAUCUUUGCAGCUUCGAGACGUUGAAGAACCUUGAAGCCAACAAAGGGGAGAAACACAGAGAGGACGUUCCUAUUAGUGCUUAUCCGAAUAGCGCUUAUUUCAGGAAAGGUAAGGUCGGAGAUUGGCAGAAUUAUCUGACUCCGGAGAUGGCAGCUCGAAUCGAUAGACUGAUGGAAGAGAAAUUCAAGGGCACCGGUUUGCUGGAGCAUGGUACAUGA